CUCUCCAAGAUGGCGGAUGUGUGACGCACCAAGCUGUUAGCCAUGCGGCGUCAGCGCUAUGUUCCUCCUCCCCACCCGGCCUCUCCUGCGGGCUAACAAGCUAGGUUAGCUCGCUGUGWUUAGUUGAGACGCACCGGCUCCGUCCACAUUACGGUGCUGUUCGGACCCGUUGGACCCCCCCAGCAUUCAGGACACGCACGGAGCGCUCGCGCCACGGGGACACGAAGUUUAAGCAUCAGAUCAUCGAACAGGUGAAGAUGAUUAAGCUGUUCUCCCUGAAGCAGCAGAAGAAAGACGAGGAAUCUGCUGGAGGAAACAGAGCCGGAGCCGGGGGAAAGAAAGCCAGCGCGGCCCAGCUCCGGAUACAGAAAGACAUCAAUGAGUUGAAUUUGCCAAAGACGUGUGAGAUCAGCUUCCCUGAUGACGACGACCUGCUCAACUUCAGACUCAUCAUCUCACCUGACGAGGGUUUUUAUAAAGGAGGAAAGUUUGUCUUCAGCUUUAAGGUAGGACAGGGUUACCCCCACGACCCCCCCAAGGUAAAGUGUGAGACGAUGGUGUACCACCCCAACAUCGACCUGGAGGGAAACGUCUGCUUAAACAUCCUGCGAGAGGACUGGAAACCUGUGCUGACAAUAAACUCCAUCAUCUACGGUCUACAGUAUCUAUUUCUAGAGCCGAACCCUGAGGACCCGCUGAACAAGGAGGCAGCAGAAGUUCUGCAGACGAACCGGCGGCUCUUCGAGCAGAACGUCCACCGCUCCCUGAGGGGGGGCUACGUCGGCGCCACCUACUUUGAGAGAUGUCUGAAGUAACUCGGACCCCCCACCCUCUGCCUGACCCCUCCCCCUCCUCUUCCC